AUGUCCGAUAACAUCAGCUCUAUCAGCCCAAACGUUUUUUAUUUACCCCCAAGAGUAGACAAGAGAACUCCUGAAGAACGUGAAAGAGAUAAGGUCGCUGUGGCAAAAAGUGCAGCAAAAGUCGAGGAAUUAAAGUCUCGUUUGACGAUAAAAAUGCAUCAAGACGACUUUGAGCCUGGGCAGCUUAAAUGCCCUGAUUGUCCCGUUACUUUCAGCAACAAAGCUAAUCUUUACAAACAUUUGGCUAAACAACAUAGGACGCAGGUAGAAACCAUCAAGGGGCGUUGCUACAAAGGUGGACGUCGUAAUGCCAACCUCAGAUAUUUCGAAAAAAAGAAAAUCGAAAAAACGUUGGCGAAUCAAGAUUCAGAUUCUAUGACAGCAACUCAGCUUCGUAAUCAGAGAUACUACCGCCAAAAGAUGUUGAAUGAAGCAGUAACAAUUACGCGUGCUCAUAUAUUAAGGGGUUUCAGUUUUAACCCGCAGACUGGUCGACUUUUUUUUUAA